AGCGCCACUGGAGGAAAGAGUAGAGAGCAUGAGAGGAAGCAUUAACGCAUUAAGGGCUGGGACUCAGGGAGUGUGUGUUAGCUACUGCAGCUUCUUUUUGUUUGCUUUCACUGUUAGGGUGAGACUUCCAGAUUGUUACAGUGGCAUACAGACUAGGCAAGCUAUUAAGCAGCAGAUCGGAAGCCACUCAUGCACCGGCAUACACGUGCAUUCGGGAGGACGCGUCACCUCCGCCUUCACUGCCAGCUUGUGUUGUGACGGGAAGGAAAGAGAGUCAUAUUGGGACAAAAGGGGUACUACUGCCUUUAAGACAAGAUUUGAAGUUUCAUCACAGCAAACUACAGCACAAUCAGUCUACAAUGUGAACCGCUUUCGAUUGCUGGAGGAGAGAAACCGAGCUCUGAAGCUUGAGGUAGCCACGCUUCGCCAAGAGAAACAGCAGUAUAGGAAACUGAGAGCAAAGCUCCAUGCUGCCUUGCAGGAGAAAAAUCAUCUGAACCUUGAGCUGAUCAACCACCACCUGAAGACGUCCAAGUAUGACCAGGUGCGAUCAGACUAUGACCAGCUGAGACAGAGCUUUGCUGUAGUGAGCCAGGAGAGAGACGUGGCCCAACAGCAGAGGAGCCAACUCCAAGGCAAAGUGGAAGACCUGGAACAGGUUCUAAAGCGUAUGCACCAGGCUGUAGAGCUGAAGCAGCAGCUGCAGAUAGAGCAUGAACGAGCCUUGGUGGCCCUUCACACCAAGCAGAAGGAGAUCAACCAACUGCAAAAGAACAAUAUGGACAGAAUGUUUCAGGUCAAGGUUCGUGACCUGGAGCAGAAAUGCAGGUCACGGAGUGAGCACUACCACCAGCUGUCCAACGAGCUGCUGAAUUUCCAUUUGCAAUCAGAUACUGUGGACAUCCUAAAAAUUAAUCCCGCUUCCACAUCCCAGAUCCUUCUCUCACCAGAGAAGAAACUCUCACAAGUCAUCGUUGAAUUUAAACCCCAGAAACAGACAGGCGAUGAGAGCGCGGCACACACGCCGCUACUGAUCUCCCAGUUCUUGCCCUGCACACCACAGACUGGAAACAGAGAAAGACUGCUGUCUGUCAAAUCCAGCACCGUGACAACAGACCGCCCCAGAAGCCCUCGACAGCGGAACCCCUCAGAGAUGGAGGAUGAGGCCAGCCCAUCACCCAGGUCCAAGCCUCGCUACACUGGCCAGGUCCGCCUUUGCACUGCCCGAUACAGUUAUAACCCUUAUGAUGGACCAAACGAGCAUCCUGAGGCAGAACUCCCCCUUGUGGCUGGAAAAUAUCUGUACGUGUACGGAAACAUGGAUGAUGACGGCUUCUAUCAAGGGGAGCUGCUAGAUGGCCAGCGAGGACUUGUUCCGUCCAACUUUGUGGAGUUUGUCCAGGACAAGGAAAAGCUAGCGAUUCAGUCUGGGGAGGGAGGAGAAGACCUGGGCCCACUGGACCAUAUGCCCCUGGCCUUGAUGGCAGUGGAUGGAGGUGCCUCACAGGAUGGUCUCCUGGGCUCAUCUAAUGCCUUGGUUCCCUGUAGCAAUGGGACAGGGGGGCCCCUGGACCCUGAGGACCUGGCUGAAGACGUUGUGCCUUAUCCCCGAAAGAUCAACUUGAUCAAGCAGCUGGCACGGAGCGUCAUUGUGGCCUGGGAGCCUCCACUAGUGCCUUUGGGCUGGGGGAACAUCUCUGGCUACAACGUGUUAGUAGACGGGGAGCUUCGUGCCAGUAUAGCGUACGGUGGCCGGACCAAGUGUUUGCUGGAGAAGCUGGACCUGGACGGCUGUGUUCAUCGCGUGUCGGUGCAGAGUGUCACGGACCGGGGCCUGUCAGACGAGCUGCGCUGCACCUUGCUGGUGGGAGCCAACGUGGUGGUGGCGCCGUGCGGCCUUCGGGUGGACGACAUCCAGCGCGACACUGCCGAGCUCUCCUGGUUGCCUAGCAACAGUAACUAUGGUCACACCGUGUUCUUGGACGGGGUAGAGCAUGCAGUGGUAAAGCCAGGAAGGUAUAUACUACGCUUUAUCAACCUGAAGCCCCUGACGGUGUACAAAGUGACGGUGGUGGCACAGCCGCACCAGGUGCCAUGGCAACUGCCUCUGGAGCAGAGAGAGAGGAAAGAAGCCGGUGUGGAGUUCUGCACUCAGGCUGCAGGUCCACCACCAUAUUGCAGAACAGGCCCUCCCCAGCCUCCCCAGGAUGUACAGGUGCUCUGUGGGCAGGCUCCAGGCGUCCUACAGGUCCGCUGGAAGCCCCCCAUCCUCUCUCCCAUGGGCACAUCCAAUGGGGCAAAUGUCGUUGGCUAUGCAGUCUGCACUAAAGGACAGAGGAUAGCUGAGGUGUUGUUCCCAAUGGCAGACUAUGUUACUGUCGAGCUGACAAGGAUUCAGUGCCUGGAGGCCAGGGAAGUCAUCGUCAGGACGCUAUCAGUACAGGGAGAAUCCCAGGACUCCCAAGUUGCCGUCAUUCCAAACAACCUCCUUGUGCCUCUACCUGCUCUGCCCCUGCCACCGCCAAUGCACCCCCACGCAGGCCCCCCUCCGCACUCCCAUGUUCAACCCCACCUCCAAUCCCCUCACCAUCCUCAUGCCACACCCCAACUUCCCGCUCCACCCCAUGCACACGGACAACCACUCCAACCCCAUCCUCCUCACCCUCAACCCCAUCCCAGAAAUCCCCACCCAGGUGGACCCCCGCAACCCCAGCUUCGACCCCCACGUCCUCAGCCCCUACACCUUCAGCCUCACCCUUCCCAACAAGGUCCCAGGCCCCAGCACCAACUGCCUCUGCUACCCCACCCCCAUCACCACCCUAUACCUCAGAGACCAGUAUGUGCCAGAGACCUGGAUGCCAAAGAGCAUGCGGCCCACCACGGGGGAGCUUUUCCUCCUGGCCAGCCUGGCUGGGACCCCACACGCUCUCCCUCUUCCCAGCCUCCUGUGCCCAUGCAAGGCCACACCCUUGAGGCCCCUCCCCCUGCCAAUCCACGCUCCCCCUCCCCCCAGAGGAUUCUUCCACAGCCUCGAGGCACACUCAUCCCGGACACGGUGGCCAAAGCCAUCGCCCGAGAAGCAGCGCAAAGGGUGGCAGCAGAAAGUGGCAAGGGGGACAGGAGGCAGGGCAAAUACGGAGAGCAGGGUCGUUCAUUUCACCAGCAUCACUCUGAUGAGGAAGAGGAAGACGAAGAAGGGUUUGCGGGCGGCCGUCGGAGAGGACCCUCAGUUGAUGAGUUCCUCAGAGGCUCUGAGCUUGGGAGGCCGCCUCACUAUGGUCACAAUGAAGAUUAUCACAGCGAAAGCAGCCGGGGCUCUGACCUGUCUGACAUCAUUGAAGAGGAUGAGGAGGAGCUGUACUCUGAGAUGCAGCUGGAAGAGGGACGUCGACGCAACUCGCACAACACACCCAAGGCCAACACUACUGCUGGAGGCCGUCAUGACCGGGAGACUGGGCGAAGAACUCAUCAUGGCGGUUCCCAGCCUCAGAGACGACCUCUGAUGGUCCCCUCCAUUGAGGUAACCUCUGAGAAUAACAGUGAAGGAAACCCCAUCACCGAGGAUGUUUACUAUGGCAAAGUAGCUCGGCACAGGAAGUGGUCUUCCCGCAGGCACAUGGGCGGCACCAGGUCUCCCCAUGAUGACUACAGGGAUCGGGAUCGCCGCUCUCCCACCUACUAUGAUGAGUCAGAGGCCGAGGAGUCUUUCCGGAUCUUUGUGGCCCUCUUUGACUACGAUCCUCUGUCCAUGUCCCCCAACCCAGAUGCAGCUGAUGAGGAGCUGCCCUUCAAAGAGGGGCAGAUCAUUAGGGUGUACGGUGAUAAAGAUACGGAUGGGUUUUACAGAGGAGAAGUGAGGGGCAGGAUGGGGCUGAUCCCCUGUAACAUGGUCUCAGAGAUCCGAGCGGAGGACGAGGAGACCAUGGACCAGCUCAUCAAACAGGGCUUUCUGCCACUCAGCACCCCUGUGGACAGAAUAGAGCAGAACAGAAGAGGCCUCCGUCGAGAUCAGGCCUCGAGGAGGAUGGUGGCUCUGUACGACUACGAUCCCCGAGAGAGCUCCCCCAAUGUUGAUGUCGAGGCUGAGCUGACCUUCUGUGCUGGUGACAUCAUGGCUGUGUUUGGAGAUAUUGAUGAAGACGGAUUCUAUUACGGUGAGAUCAACGGCCACCGUGGUCUGGUUCCCUCUAACUUCCUGGAAGAAGUGCCUGAUGACGUGGAGGUGUAUCUGACCGAUACUCCAUCCCACUACCCCCAGGAAGAGGCUGCCAACCGGCCGCCUGCCAACUCUGCCGCCACCGUCUCAGAGGGCAAACGGGUUACCACAGAAACCACCGACACGGUCGACAACGACGCCACACCUGUCCGAGCGCCGUCCCCGAUUGUUCGGCCCCUCCUCCCAGGCACCAUGAGACCCCUCAGUCCUGCGAGGGGCCCCCGCAUCCCUCUGGAGUCCAGGGACCCCCGAGACCAAGAUCUGGCAAACAAGAAGAAGAAAGGACUACUUUCCAAGGGGAAGAAGCUCCUGAAGAAACUCUCCCCUGUGAAAUAAAAAAAAAAAGGCAUACAUGUACUAUACGUAUACGUACAGUAUAUGCCAGGCUCUGUAUAUUGCAUCCAUACAAUCAACUCUGAUCCAACAACACAUGACAGAGAAGAUGUGAGCUUUGUCUCCUGGACUGCCUGAGCCUAUUUUAAUAUAACCAGUGAUACAAUUAUUCAUGUACGGUGAUGGACACAAAUCAAUUAUGUACAGUGCAGUGCCAAAAUCAAGAGAGAGGUCACCUGCAGACACAAUAACAUACUACUGUGAUGUAUUUUAAAUCAACGGAUGACUAAAAAAACAACAAAAAAACUAGGAUUUUCAUGACAGUAUUUUUCUGUUUUCUUUACUUACAGAAACUAUUCAUUUGUUUCAAGCAGGGUAGCUGUGAAAACAAAGCAUCUGGUUACAUCUUCUAAUGGGCUUUUUUCUCAGCACAAAAACAUCAAUUUUGGUGGAGUAUUGAUGUCACUUCAAGGAAACGGAGACCUUACUUCCUCUAUGAAGAUCUCAAAUAGACUACACUGUUAUCGAGGCAUUCUGUGAAGUAAUGCUGGCUGCUAACACAAAGGCUUUAUUCUGUGCAAUAUCAUAGAGAGGCGGUAGCAUAUGUAUGUGGGAAGAAAAGAAACAUUUCCACUUGUACCUGUGAUUUCAGCAGAGUGGAGUUUUUCUGUGAUGAAAGGCAUUUUAAAAAAAAAAAAUAGAAUAGCAGAUUGGCAACAGGGCAUUAACG